AUGUAUGUCUGGCUGACCGGCUGCACCGAGAACGACGCCAAAGAUUGUUCUGUAGCUCCUCACGAUGGGGUGCUGCUGAAAGCUGCAUUCAUUUGUGGGCGUGGAACAACGAAACAACAGUGCAGGAUCGGAACUGUGACAGAGUUUCUGCACUUGGGCUGUUGCCGUGGGAACAGCACAUCCGCAAGCUUCAGAGCUCAUCGGAUUACCACAGACCUGACCGUGAACAUCGUUGACACCCACCUGAGGGAGACGCUGCCUAAGAUCUCAAGGCUGCUUUGUCGUGGUCUUUCUGGUCCUGCUCCAGAACGCCUUCAUCAACUACGUCUUCUUUUGAAGAGGCCCUCAGAUGCUGCAAUCUCUGACCUUAAGGAGGAAUUGCUGCUUUCACUCUGUAACGAGACGGCGGUUAUUUUAAAGACCCAGCUCCUGUUGGCUUUGAAAGAAAGUUUAAUACCCAUCAAAACAGAACUACAGACAGUUAAAUCUAAGCUGUCGGUCAGUAUUUCAAACAUCAAGUCCAACCCGGCUGCCAUAAAGCACGCUGUGGGUGAAACGGAAACUUCACUCUCCACAUCACCAACAACAUCAUCACACUCCAAAGCAGAGCAGCUGUCUGCUGAACUUUUAAAAGUGGACUAUAAAUGUGAAGAAUGUGAGCAGCAGCAGACUGUGAGCAGCGGAACAGAUGUGAUCAGAAAGAAGUCAUCUUCUUUUUUCUUUUCUUUCUGGUUGACUUGAUGCUGUCAGAUGCAGAUUUGCAACUGUCGCCUUUUGGCUUGCUCUGGGGGUCAGGCAUAUGGGUUCUGUAAAGCGUCUCGAGACAAUUUCACUGUAAUUGGCGCUAUAUAAAUAAAACUGAAUUGAAUUGAA